AUGCCGGGCUCGAAGCACUCCACCGAACCCGUCGCGUUCAGGAUCAAGAAGCUGCCGGUGCCGCCUCUGGGCACCCCGCCGAGGGGGUUCGUCGCGCACGCCAUCACAUUGACAAGGUAUGACGAGAUCGACAGGACCAUUUCACCCGAGAACUUGAAGAAAGACGUGCCGAACCUAGGGAGCCAUCCGACAUUCACGUUGUCCGCAAGGAAGGACGGGGCCAGCACCGACAGGAACACCCCAUUCACGAUCCAAGUGACGCAGUUGUACAGCGCGGUGACAUGGCUAAACAGCAACUCCACUAACUGA